AGCGAACGUAUCUUCCCAGAUCAAGAGGGAAUCGCAACUGCAACUCCUACACCGCCUAACGAGCCUCUCACCCCUUCACAUCCACAUGAACCAACACGACAUCGCUCUGUCCUCCAACGCGUCCUCACAAGCCUAUCCAGGCAUGAACAGGAAGACAACGAGCUCGCAAUCAUCGAUUCCCCACUAGGGGACGUAGGGGACAUCAACAUACCCCCCGAAGCGGCAAUCGAACCCGGCACAUCAUCUGAGCAAGAAGUCUCAGACGGGUCAAACAACACCGCCGUCACCUCCCCCUCACGCAGGCGACGCUCCCUCUCCGACCGCGUCUUCCGUCGCUCUUCUUCCCGCUCCGGUCCGGUGGAGUACGACGCCCAAGGCCGACCUAGGCAGCGCAGGAAGAGCCUGUCAGAAAAGUUCGUCGAAGCCCAGGCGAACGAGGGCCUUCCCGCUCCUUCCCCUCCCUCCCCUUCCCCCGAGCCUCCGGAGACAGCACAGGAACGCACCUACAGGCCCGAAAGCCCAAGUCCGAGCGAGGCGAUCGAGCCCCCGCUUUCGAGGGUCAAGUCGUACCACCCGCUCGCUGUUGAGGUCCUGGUGCUCCUUAUGCCUGGAAGCGUGUUUGGAGUCCUGGCGAGGUUGGGGUUGACCGCGCUGGAUACGUAUAAUGGUCAAGGGGUGUUUGCGCUCGCUUGGGUUCAGGGGUUGGGGUGCCUCGUUAUGGGCGCGUGUGUAGGGUGGAGAGACCAGAUAACCGCUUUUCACCCGCCGCUGUAUACCGCUAUCGCUACUGGGUUCUGUGGGAGCUUGACGACAUUCUCGAGCUGGAUGUUAGAUGUCUUCCUCGCGUUCUCUAACGGGUACGGGAAUGACAGAAUAUGGAUCUACGACGUAAUGGACGGCCUCACCCGCACCUUCGUAACCUUCGCCAUCUCCCUCUGCGGCCUCUCCCUAGGACUCCACCUAGCGUCCUACGACCUCUCACACAACCACUUUUUCCGCCGCCUAGGCAAGCUACACAUCUCCCUCCCCCUCAGGCUCUUCCUCCUCUUCUCAAGUCUCCUCAUCUACCUCCUCUGUAUCCCCUUGUACUUCGUCCUCUCCCCCGACUUCCGCCCACUAGCGACUAGCGCACUGCUCUACUCCUUCCCAGGAACACUCAUGCGGCAUAUCCUCGGCACACAGCUAAACGGGCGUCAUCCAUACUACCCCAUCGGUACGCUCCUCGCAAACGCUUUAGGCACAGCAUUCCUAGCGAUCUUCCACUCCCUCCAACGGCUCCCUUCUUCCCCAGUCUCAGGCACAUCGUGUGUCGUACUCCAAGGACUAGCAGACGGGCUUUGCGGCUGCCUCUCAACUGUGAGCACGUUUGCGGUCGAAGUACGCGGUAUGCAGGGACGGGGAAGACAAGCGCGGAGAGCGUGGUUGUACGCUAUUGGUAGCUGGGUUAUUGGCCAGCUGUUGAUGCUUGCUAUUCUGGGAGGGAGCAUGUGGGGCGGAGGCGCGAGAGAGGGGGAUUGGUGUGUUAGUAGGUUGUAG